AUUUUCCUGAACUUUUCCAGAGGGGCUGUUAUGUGAGAACGCAAAUGUCUGCAAAAGUUGGAAUGGAAACUUUCUGGUCUGAGCGCUUCUGACUCGGACAAUCUCCUGCUGCGUUCGACAUGCUGUGUGUGAACGGCAGAAAUUGUGUUCUCUGGAGUUCAUGUCCGAAAACAGCAUUAGUGUUGACAACCAGUGAUCUUCAUUUCCUCCGUAGACCGACAGUAAAGCGCUGCAAAGUGAGAGGAGCUAUUGAAACUCUCCAGGUCGAGCUUCACUACAAAAUAUUUGCUGCGUUACGACAUAUCUGUCUCUUUGAUAAAAAAGUCACACAAACACAAUACACAUGGUUUUACAGACUGAGUAGUUCUUAUCAAACACUCAUGCACUGAUGCUCCAGAGUAAAAUCAGCAGAGCGCUCCUUUUAAACAGAGCUCAGGCUGAACAUUUUUUCCCAUUUGCCCGGAGUGGACUUGGGAAAGACAGCAGAGGUCAUUCGGCCGCACGCACUGAUAAGAAGCCGCAUAUCCCGGGAAACCACUGCAGAUCCACACUCCAACGGGGGAAAUGGCGGAGGGGGCCAACCCAGCUGCGCUCUCUUGUGUACAGGCUCUCGGAGCUUUCGUCGCAAAAGGAAACGCUCUGCUGGAGCUCGCCGACAAGGAGAGCAAAGAAGUCUCUCUCCAGGAAUUCGUCAGGCAGAAGCUACGCAUUGAGCAAGAGCAGUCACUGCUGGGCCUGAUCGAAGCGGCUGCAGCCUUGUACAGAAGCCUGUGUGUCAAGAGGAAAAGGGACGCGGAGGAUUUAUGGAGAAAUAACAAAGACUGCGCGGCGUUGCAGGAUGCUGUGCAGGACUUUCAGCUGUUAGCGGUGCAGUGGGAUUCCUUUCUGCAGCGUUUGGACGAUGAGUUACAUCUUGGAGCUAAAACACCGACUGGGGACAAUCCAUCAAAAUGUAUCUCACCAGACACGCCUCUCGUCGACGCCAAAACGGGAGAAACAGUGACACUGGAGAAGUACCUGGGGAAAGGUAAGAAGAUCCUGCUGGUGUUAAUCCGCCAGUUCUCCUGUCUGCUCUGCCGCCUGCACCUCAAAGAUCUGGAGGAGAAUCAGACAUCCCUGGAUGCACACUCUGUGCAGGUGGUGGUCGUUUCAUUUGGCCGUCAGGAGGGAGCCACACACUGGCUGAAGGAGACGGGCUGUCGAUACGACAUGCUGUUGGACCCUGACAGAAAGGUGUACGCCGCAUUCGGCCUGGAGGCGUCUGUGAAGAAAGUAUUAAACUUCAGUAACAUGCUGCUCUAUGCCGAGUACGUGGCAGAAAAUAUGGAGUUUCCCAGAGGACUUCCGUCGCUGCAGGACGACAUGUUUCAGCUGGGAGGCGACUUUGUUUUAGACGAACGUGGGAGGGUGCUGUUCCGUCACUGCUGCCAGAGUCCAACAGACCGGCCCCCGGUGGAGGACAUUCUAUCUGCACAGUGAAGAUUAAACUCCUUCAUGCAGAUUAAUUCAAUGAUACCUUGGUUAUUCAUUUGGUUAGCAAUAUUCAAGCACUGGCGAUAUUAGUGAUUGUGUACAAAGUGAGUCAUUUUUAUUCUGUGUAGUAUUUCGUGCACUAACUAAAGUGAGGUUACAGUUCAUUUAAGGUGAAUACAGUAACUGAGACCAGUAACCCUACUAUUAUGAAUUAAGUUAACUGGAUUAAAGAACUCCAGUAAAGAAAAGCAGUGUAAAUUAUUUAUAUACAUCACUGAAACCUGCUGUUCAGUAAAAGUAAAUAUGAACUUUAAUUGUCAUCUGCAAAGGAUCCAUCAAGAAUCUACAAAAUAAAAUCCUUGUACCGAUUAAAGCACACCGAUGUCUUAGUA